AUGAGUAGAGAACUUCCAUCGUCCUUCGAUGGGAAAAGUGAGUUUGAUGAAGAUGAAAUGGACAUCUUGGAGAAAAUGGCCUUCAAGUGCAAGCAACAACCAUUGGUCCCACUCGGAGUAAUUGCUACUACCGGAGCUAUUUUUUUAGCUACUAAAUCAAUUAGAAAAGGGGAUAGGGUAAAUACACAAAAGUAUUUCCGUUACAGAGUUGGGUUUCAAUUGGCCACAUUAAUUGCGUUAGUUGCAGGUGGAUAUAUGUUCCAAGUGGAAUCGGACGAACAAAAAGCAACCAGAGAGGAAAUAUUAAGGGCCAAAGCAAAGGUAAGAGAAAGGUUAUGGAUUGAAGAGUUGGAGAGAAAAGACGAAGCCAUGAAGAGCCGUAAGAAAAGAUUGGAAGACUCGAGAGCCGAGUUGAUUCAAGCUGCCAAAGAAGGAUUUGAAGAAGAGAAGAAAUGGACAGAUGCUAUUGAAAAUGCAAAGGAAGAAGAAUCAGCAGAAGGAAAUGACAAUAAAGAUGUAUCCAAUUAA